UUAAUACUUAAAUAUGUAUUAAUUUAUAGUAUAUUUUUCUCUUAUGACAGUAAUGGGGACAUUGAGAAUUCACCAUGGUGGCAAUUUUUGCAUAAGUAGUAAUGACAAUCUUAGGGACAUUGGGGAUGGUUGUGUCACACAAAUUUCACAACUGACCCCAAAGGAACAGAAUGUAUCUCAUGAAAUAGAUGCAGCUAAGGAACAAGUGCUAAAGGAGACUGAUUGUGAUGAUGGUGAAUUCUUUGGUGUUGUACAUAGUGAAGGAGAUGUUAAUGAUGAAGAAGAGGUUCAUGAUGAUUUUAUGGAUGUUCAUGAUGAGGAGGAUGAGGAGGUUCAUGAUGAUGAGGAUGAAGAGGUUCAUGAUGAUGAGGAAGAGUUUCAUGAUGAUGAGGAAGAUGUUCAUGAUGAGGAGAAAGUUGAUGAUGCUGGUGAUGAAUUCCUUGAUGCUCUACACAAUGAUGCAGAUGAUGAGGAGGUGGUUAAAGCCAUUAGAAAAGUAAGGGAGAUUGGAGGAAAUCAAAAGAGUAGAGCUAGUACAAUAAACAAUGCAGAUGGUGAUGAUGCUGGACCAAGCAACAUAGUCCAUGAGCCUCAAAACAAAGAUAAUGAAGAGGAUGAAAAGGUUCUUGUUGAAAAUGAUAGUGAUAGAGAUGAUAGUUUUGAUUCUACAUCCCUAAACAAUGAAGUUGGAUGUGAGAUCUAUAGUGAUGAUUUGUGUGAAUAUAGUGAUGAGGAAGAUAAAGAUGAAGAGGAAGAUGAAUUCAUUGUCUAUGCAGAUGCAAGAACCAAAAGAAGUGUUGAUGUAUGGUUUAACCCUUCAUGGACUGAUAUUUUGUUUGAGGUAGGGAUGAAGUUUGAGCAUGCAUCAUAGUGUAAGGAGGCUCUAGCUAAGUAUCAAAUUCAAAAGGGCUGCAAGUUGAAAACAAUGAAAGGUGAUCCUAGCAGGCAUAGAAUUAAGUGUGGUGAUCCAUAAUGCAAUUGGAAAAUCUUAGCCAGUUAUGAUAAAAAUGACAAGUACUU